AUGUUCCCCACGGCUAUUUCCAAUUCAACUUCUUUGUCCGAGGAUGCCAGUGUUUCUUCUGGUACAAAAGUUCAGGACCUGGGAGUAUUCAGUCACGGCCUCUCUAAGAUUUCUCCUCAACAACAACCUCAAAAGAUCAAGAAAAAGCGAAGCCUCCCUGGAAAUCCAGACCCAGAUGCUGAAGUGAUAGCCUUAUCUCCGAAGACCCUUUUGGCCACUAAUAGGUUUGUUUGUGAGAUCUGUCACAAGGGUUUCCAGAGAGAUCAGAACCUGCAGCUUCAUAGGAGGGGCCAUAACCUCCCAUGGAAGCUGAAGCAAAGGAACAGUAAAGAGGUAAAAAAGAAAGCCUACGUUUGCCCUGAACCGUCAUGCGUUCACCACAACCCUUCUAGGGCCCUGGGGGAUCUCACAGGAAUCAAGAAACAUUACUGCAGAAAACAUGGAGAGAAGAAGUGGAAAUGUGAAAAGUGCUCAAAGAUAUAUGCGGUUCAGUCAGAUUGGAAGGCUCACUCAAAAACCUGUGGCACUAGAGAAUAUAGAUGUGACUGUGGAACCCUUUUUUCCAGGAAGGACAGCUUCAUAACUCAUAGGGCAUUCUGUGAUGCAUUGGCGGAAGAAAGUGCAAGACUAUCAGCAAAUCAAUUAGCCGUUGCAGACACCACCAGCACAAACCCAUUCCAAUCCCUCUUUCUUUUCCAAAACCAACAACAGAACUUCCAAAACCACCAUAUUACCAGUUUGAACCAAUGGGACUCCUCUAAAGAAAACCCUAACCCUAGCGGCAUUGCCACUUCCCUCCGCAUCAAACCAGAAUCUCAAACUUUCCACAACCCUACCCUCUCUUCACUUCUCCAACAACAAGAGCAGCAACACCCCAACAAGUUCACGAUAACCUCACCCUUCGGGAACCUCCACGUGUCCUCACAAGUCUCCAACUAUGCCACGUCAGCAUACAUGUCAGCGACUGCGCUGCUUCAAAAGGCUGCAACCGUUGGAGCCGCUGCCAUGACGGGCCCAGGCCCUGCUGCUGUUGGGCCUCAGCGCGCAAUGGGUCACGUGACUCAGCUUGGCGCAGGCGAGUUCGGAACAGUGUGUGAACUCGACCCGGUGGUGGUCCCGGAUAGCUACAUGAGAGGGUUCCCCGUUCGGAGCCUCAAGAGUGACCAUCUCACUAGGGACUUCCUCGGACUCACGGCAGAGCCUAACGGCGGAGUUGAAGGCAGCUCGGUUGACGUUAGCACGAACGUGAAGGAUAUGCUGACGUUCGCAGGGAGUGUAGAGUACCACCAACCUCACCGUCAGCAUCACCACCACGCCCUUCUCAAACCCCAGCAAGGCUUCGGUUUCCUUGGGACAACCACUGCCCCCGAUACGUGGGGGAAUUGUUGA